AUGGAUUACUUUUCUAUCGAUACAGUUAUUGAUAGUGAAGAAUCGGUACAUUUUCCUACAGAGUUCUUAAAUUCACAAACACCAUCUGGUAUGCCUCCUCAUAAAAUAUCACUGAAGGUGGGGGUUCCAAUCAUAUUAUUGAGAAAUUUGAAUUCUCCUAGAUUAUGUAACGGGACUAGGCUUCGUGUCACCUCUCUUACAAAAAAUGUAAUCGAAGCUGAAAUUUUGACUGGAUGUGCUAAGGGAGAAAAAAUAUUUUUACCGAAAAUACCAUUAUACCCCAACGAUUUUCCAGUUAAGUUUAGAAGAGUUUAG